AGCUUUACCAUUUCAGUUCACUUCAUUAAAUACACAUGGAGCUGGAUCUCAGGCUCUGCAGCUUCUUGAUGUAACCUAGAGAACAACCCAUGGAAGAUAGAGAAGAGAAUAAUCAAACAGUAAUAAAAGAAUUCAUCCUCCUGGGAUUUGGAAAUAUUUCUGAGUUUCAAAUCCUUCUUUUUCUGGUGUUUCUAGUUAUCUAUUUUGUGACAAUGCUAGGGAAUGUUCUUAUUAUUGUCUUAAUUGUAGCUGACCCUCACCUUCACACUCCAAUGUACUUAUUCCUCAUAAAUUUGUCUUGCUUAGAAACCUGCUAUAUUUCAACUAUUUCCCCCAGAAUGCUUGACAGCUUCCUAACUGGAAAUCAGUUGAUGCCAUUAAAUUCCUGUUUCACACAGUUAUAUUUCUUCGGGGGAUUGGCUACAGCAGAAUGCUAUUUACUUGCUGCCAUGUCUUAUGAUCGGUAUUUAGCGGUAUGCAAACCACUGCAUUAUGUCACUAUUAUGAGUAUGAAAACCUGCUUGCAGUUAGCAGGUUGCUCUUGGAUUAUUGGGUUUCUUGUGAACUCUGUGCCCACCUAUUUAAUAAAACAGUUAGUAUUUUGUGGGCCUAAUGUAAUUGAUCACUUUUUCUGUGAUUUUACACCAUUACUCCAAAUAUCCUGUAGCAACACCAUGAAAAUCCAGCUUCUAAUAUUUAUUCUGUCAGCUCUCUUUGGAUUACUUCCUUUUCUUUUAACCCUUGUCUCCUAUGGCUACAUUGUAAAAACCAUUUUAAGGAUUCCAUCCACUGUAGGAAGGAAGAAAACAUUUUCUACUUGCUCAUCCCAUCUUACAGUGGUUACACUCUUUUAUGGAACUAUAGUGAUAGUAUAUGUGUUGCCAAAAACCAGAACCCUUAGAGAUCUUAAUAAGAUCUGCUCUGUGUUCUAUACCAUUUUGACUCCCUUGGUAAAUCCCUUUGUGUACAGUCUGAGGAAUAAAGAUAUAAAGCAAGCUUUGAGGAAAGCUAUCAAUCAUUUUUCUGUUUGA